AUGCCGAGCAUCUCCGACAGCGACCUUGUUCGUGACGCCAAACGGGUCCACUGGCUUCCUGUUCCCAUUCUGACCGACGCCGCCGCCGCUACCGCUGCAUCUUCGCCCGAGCACAGCAUCGACAGCCUGAUCGAACCCGAUGGCAUGUCGACGAAAACCAACAAGGGUCUUCGCAAUGUCAAGGCCAAGAUGCAGGCGGUUGCGCGGUUCUUGUCAGGCUCGAAGCGGCCAGUGUCUGAUGCUGCCACAGGUGUCAGUGAUAAGGGCCUUCCGAUUGCUGGUCAGGGAGUGCCAUCGAUUGUUGUGGCGUGUCCGAGGGGCGAUGUGGUGCGGAAACAGGCUGCGAGCCGUGGUGACGUUCCUGGGACCGCAAAGGAGGUUUGUGUCCAAGUUGGUGCGACGGAUGGCAACGUGGAGAGGCCUGCGAUCGACAGCUUGCGGGAGCGCCUUGUCGCUCAGCAGGGGAUCGCCAAUCGUCCGCCUCCGCCUCCGCCUCCAACUCUUCCUCCGCUCCCGCUUCCAAAGCAACGGGACUUUCCGCCUGAUGUCUUGCAGCCCAUGGCACGUCCCCCGAUCGCCGUCGCUGCGAAGAAACGAUACGGCAAUGGCCUUGAACGCGGAUUAGGCUUAGCACGACACGGACUGCCCCGGACACGUACCGCCACACCUCAUCCAGCCCAUUCCCCCGCUGUCCGCUUGGCCAGUCGACCCCUGCCUCCCACGCCUGCCGUUCUUCCGACUCUGUCUACUUCGCUUCCCAUUGCUGAGCAGCAACAAGCUCAGCAUCAACCUCAGCCUCAGCGCCAACAACAUCAACAGCGGGUCUGCACUUCAGACCAACUCCCAGAACUCGGGCUGUGCAACCACAUUCGACCAUGUUCGGAAGCAUCAAGCAAAAAUUCCGAAAACACCAUCGCGGACUCGCAUGUCGACGCAAAUCUCCGUCUCGAACGAUUCCCCUCCCUGCGUCGUCGAGCCGACGGCAUGCUGCUCAAUGCCAAUCGUCUAGCUGAGGAGCUCGACAGUCUAGUCACCUUCACCGCACAACGUCGACGCCGCCAGCAGGCAAGGUCGAACGCGUCUUCAGCCACUGCGGCGCACGUGGCAGACAGCAGCAACGCGGCGCUGUACCACUGGCGUCCGUCGGACAAAUCGGCGCGCGCCAUCUCGCCAUUCGAUCACUACCUUCAGCAGCAGCAGCUGAACGAAAAGUUCCAGGUCGCGGCAGGGCACACUGCAGAGCCCUCGUCGCUAUUCGUCGAGGACAGCAGCGAAGAGCUUGAGUCGGUCAAGAGGAUCCAAAAUUGGAGGGUCAACAUCAUGCAGGCUCCGUCGGUGCUUUCGAAGGUGGCUUCGGCGCAUUCAAGGUGCAUUGCCCAGGACGAUGGUGUUUCGUCGCAUUUGACUUCUAUUAGCAGGAGUCCGCUGUCCAAGAACAGCGCCGCGAUGGGAGGGCGAGAGCAGAAAGGCAAGGUGAAAGAAGCAGGUUCGCAAACGACGUCAAUUACGCAGGCGCACCUGAUCCCCAAGAUUGACUGGGACAUUCUUCGAGACAUGAAAGUGUCGGGUGCAAAGAGCGUGAAGUCGAGCGAUAGGCAGCCGCCUCCAAUCAGUCCACUCCAGCUGGGCACGCACCACAUCGCUCGACUGUCUGAUUCGCAGUUCGAUCGCCUCGCCCGCGCUACUGAAAGGUCCCCUCCUUCCGCACCCAUCCCAUGCGAGCCCUCCACCCUGACCGUUCCCGGAAAUAGCAGCCGCCAGCAUCUUCACGCGGCCGCGCUUCCUACUACGCCCACGUACCUUCUCCCCACGCAUAUGACAGAAGAUGACCGCCGAACCUCGCUCGAUACGCCCGCGACCACGCUGUCCGUUCUGGAAAAGAAAGCAUCGCAACACAUCGACACGCUCGACGGGAUGAUCCGACGUCACCCGGAUCAGAUGUAUCGCAUCUUCAAGAACCGGCCUGGGCUGCUGUUGGUGGUCAUGCUACGGUACAAGGUGGAAGAGCGCAUUUCGGCGGUGCCGCCGGUUGUUGAUGCGGCUCCUCUCGUGGAUCUGGCGAUGAGUAGGGAUAGUACGAGGGAGGCGAAGGGCAGGGAUUGUUUGAGCUUGAUCGAGGAAAGUCUGAUCGAUUUGCGCUUUGACGACGAACGGGCCGAGGGUCAACAGAAGCUGCAAACGGAUCAAAGCCAGUACCUGUCGCUUCAGCAGCGCAGUGCAGCGGUAGAACAGAGCACGCAGAGCAUCGACACUUCCCAACACCACACGGGUGCCCUUGGUAAUGUCGGCAGCCUUUCACGCAGCCCACCCAUCCCUUCCUCAAGUGCCUCCAUCAACGCCUAUCGCACAACGACAAUCGUUGCAGACGAAGAAGUCGAAGUGGCCGAACUUGGCUCCCGCGGCGAGGCAGUGUUGCAAGAGAUCAUCCUCCGCUUCGAAAAAGCCGGCGAGCUGUGUUCGGUCCAACAGACACUCAUUGCGCUACAGGACCGACUGAUGAACGCUAACACCGACUGCAGCCGGCUGAGAGAGAGGCUGAGUGUGGUAAGUCCCGAAAGCCCUUGA